CCCGUGUGGGUAUGCCCCGGGCGGAACAGGCUGUGCCAGUGACUAUUUAUCUUCCCUGGCUCUGGGUCCUCUGCAGAAGCUGUGGCACAUCUUGACUGAAAGUCACAGUGCCCUCCAUGGAGUCUUCAUUCCUGCUGGUCUUCCCUCUGCUCCUGGCUCUCUCCACACCUGGCACGGCCUGUAAAUGUAAACUGUUGCAUCCACAGACCUACUACUGUGCAUCAGACAUUGUCAUCCUGGCUAACAUUGCACGUCCAGCAAAAAAUAUUGGUAAUUGGAGAGGUUUCAAAAUCCAACUGAUAAGGAUAUUCAAGGCUCCCCCCCACAUCAUUCCCUUUGAUGUUAUCUACACACCCUUGGAUUAUAACUCAUGUGGUUAUCUGGUGAAAACUUCUUACCAGACACAGUUACUUAUCGCAGGCUAUUUGGCUGGAGGAAAAAUGACCUUCAACAGAUGCCACAUGGUCCAUCACUGGCUUCGGCUCAGCAGCCAGCAGAGGCUAGGUUUCCAGGGGGGGUACAAUAGUGGAUGCAACUGCAAUAUUGAACGCUGCACCUUCUGCUGGCGCGAUUGCCCAGAACCUUCUAGUACAGAUUGUGUGUGGAAACAGGACAACUGCAAAUAUGAUUCAUGGACAGGAACCCAUUCCAUGUACUCCCUGUGUGUACGCUCCGGAUCCAACCAAUGCAAUUGGGACAGACAAGCCUUAUGGUUCCAUUUCACAACUGUCCCAGCUACCACGCCUACCACGCCUACUCCUCCUUCGACUUCAACAUAG